UCAUAAAUGUAAUGGAAGUCCACUCGACGGCAAUUUAAAUUGAAUUUUGAAUUUGCUGUUGCAUUCAAUUGUAAAUACGCGCUGAUAAGGCCGCCAAAUGAAAGUGCAAAUAGCAGUGAUAUCGCGCCGCGCAUCCCACCGCAGUGACUAACAGCCUCUCGACCAAUUCGUUCGCCCGCGACGCCCUUUGAGUUGAACGCAUUCACAUUUCCGAGUGCAGAUUUUCUUUUUGUUUUGCAGGCAGUGACCGCGCACUGCUAUCAAAACAGAGACAAAGAUUAAUUGCUAGCUCUCCCGAAACCACAACAGACGCAGCAAGGACUAAGCAUGGACACCAGUGGCGGCAAUUUAGAUUCCCUGGACGACACGGAGCCGUUGCCCGAGUUGAGUUUUGAAGACUUUUUGGAGCCAACGUCGGACAAGAGCUCCCAACACAUGGAGAUCGAUGCCCUGGAUUCGGAUGUCGACGACGUCGACGAGGAUGAACCGGUCGAUCCGGCCAACGAUUCCCUCAACACGCCGCAGUUCAAAAGGAACGUGGUGCACAUAGUGGAGGACAAACGGUUGCCCACAUCGGGUGGAGCCGUCUUGAAGUCGCACGCCAUUAAAGUGGUCACUGCCGGAGCCAACUCUCCGGCCAAGCCGCAAAUUAAGGACCUCAAGAUCCUGAACAAUCUGAAACCGAUUACCAGCCAAACCCUCAAGAUCGGCAGCACCACAAUCGCCACCACAUCCACGCCGGGCACGGGCACGGGCACCAUCACCAAGACCCUGAGCAAUUUGACCCAGAUCAAGACGCAAGACGGCCGGGUAAUCUUCGUUCAGAAGACUGUGCCCGCCACACAGACGAAAGCCCCGGUAACCGGCUCACCAGGCGGAGGAAUACGCCGUCUCGUUGCGCCGGCAGCCAUCCAGAAGGCGGUCCUCGCCAAGGGCGUGGCUCUGGCGAACACGGGUCUGGUCAAGGCGGCGGUGCCGGGCAAAGCAGUCACCACCGGUACAACCGGUUCUUCCGGCUCCGGCUCCUCCACCGCCUCCGCAUCCACCUCCACGACCUUCACCAUCAAGGGCAUCACACCGCUGGCCGGAGGAAGCAGUGCGAAGGUUACAUCCCCCGUCACAUCGCCCACAUGCCAGACAGCGGUACAGCACACAAAAAUCCAGGUGGUGCGCACUGCCGAUGGCAAGAUCAUCAAAAUCAAUCAGGCUGGUUCCUCGCUGCUGCUGAAUGCCAAACAAUCAGCGGUUGGAACUUCGGCCACUCCGGGAACUUCGACUGUCAAACCAUCGCCCUCCACCGGUAGUGUGGUGCUGGGCAAAUCCGUGGGCCCGGUGCUGCUGAAGUCAGCAACACCUGUUAAGCAAGCCGCAACGGCGACGAGCACAAGCACAACUGCAACGCCAGGCAAAAUGUUGGUGCAGAGCGGUGGCAAGCAGAUCCUUGUGUCCAGCAAGAACAUCAUUAAACUGUCGCCGAAAGCGGGGGCCACCAGUGCGAUAACGAACACGGCUGGCGGACAGACCGCAUCGCCCACGAGCGAAUUGCACGCCAUUCAGCUGCCCGGCAAGGCAGGAGUGCAGUAUGUACGCGUACUGACCAACACCAAGAGUGCCGCCGCGGGAUCGAGUGCAAGCGUGGCCGUUCCAAAGACCAUGCCAACCCAGAAGAUCACUGUGGUGCGGACUCCAUCUGGCACAUCCGCGGCUACGAGCAAACUAGCCACAUCUUCUGCCACACCAGCCGUAACAGGUCCAGCCUCAGCAGCGCCGAAGGCAGCUCCUUCCAUGGGUAACACGAACAAGAUCGUAAUGCGGACAAUGGGCGGCAGCAUUGUGCCGCUUCCCUCCAUGCAGACGUUGGUCUCCAAGCGUGCGCUGGGCGCCAGCACCAACGCCUCCAAGCCAGCCAGUGUCAGCAACACAAACACCAGCAACAGCAGCAAUAGCGGCAACACCAGUGGCAACCAGGAGUCACCACGCAAGAGCCGGCUAACUGAUCUCAACCAGCAGCUGAAGCACUUGGCCUCCGCCAGCAGUGAUGCCAGCGACAGCAGCGAUGCGGGUCCGGAGGCCAAGAAGCCGCGAUACGUGAUCACCAUGCAGCAGCAGGGAACGCAGCAGACUACGCAGGCCAAUCAAAAGCUCAUCGGUCGGCAAACGAACGUGCAGCGUGUGGCGGUGGCGAGCAGCAGUCCCAGUUCCAGUGCGCCCAAGAAAAUCUACAACUUUGUAAAAUCGACGGGGACCAAUGGGGUCAAGUAUAUGAUCUGUAACUCGGGUGUGCCCCAAUCGUCGACCAGUGCCAUGCGGCGGGGCUACACUGGCUAUGUGGACAACAAGUUGCGGCGCACGCUGUCCAUUUCCUCGCAGCAGCAUCGCUUCAAGCAGUUGAAUCCGCAGCAGCAAACCAAGCACAUGCAACUGCAGGCUCAGGCCAAGCAAAGGAUAAGGCAGCAGCAGCUGCAAUCGGUAGCGAUCAAGGUGGAGCCAACGCUACCGGUACAGCCGCCCAUCCAGAAGCCCAUCGUUCCCGCCAAGCCGCUCUUCGACAUCCUGAAACCAGCGGCAGCCGGGACAGCGGCCACCGUCGAUGCUCUAGGCGGCAUGACCUCGCGACGGAAGCACUGCAACUGCAGCAAGUCGCAGUGUUUAAAGCUCUACUGCGACUGCUUCGCGAACGGGGAGUUCUGCCAGGACUGUAGCUGCAAGGAUUGCUUCAACAAUCUGGACUAUGAGGUGGAGCGCGAGCGAGCCAUUCGCAGUUGCCUCGAUCGCAAUCCAAGCGCCUUCAAGCCCAAAAUUACGGCUCCUAAUUCAGGGGACAUGCGAUUGCAUAACAAAGGCUGCAAUUGCAAAAGAUCGGGCUGCCUCAAGAAUUACUGCGAGUGUUACGAGGCAAAGAUUCCCUGCACAAGCAUAUGUAAAUGCGUGGGCUGUCGAAACAUGGAAGAUCGUCCGGAUGUGGACAUGGACUCUUUGGAUGGCUUGAUGGGAGCGAAGGGUGCAAAAGCGGACAAAACAAACGAUAAGCACACGCACGAAAACCGCGCCAAUUUGUAUUUGACGGACGAUGUCAUUGAGGCGACCAUCAUGUGCAUGAUAUCACGGAUUGUGAUGCAUGAGAAGCAAAACAUGCCCGUCGAGGACACGGAGCGCGAAGUGAUGGAGGAGCUGGGUGAAAGUCUGAACCAAAUCAUCACCUUUGCCAAGGACAAGCACGACAUCUCGCAGCUGGAUGAGUCCAAGGCGGCUUCUUAGUCACCCAAACUAGCGGUCACACAUGAAUUAGUUUUAAGUUCAAAGCGUUCUUGACAUUUCUCCCAACCCUCUUAAACCUAUUCUAAUUUUUGGCUUUCUAAAAGUUGACCUUAAAGUAAAGUGUACAAUUUUAAAAUAAUCUAAACACAAAAUGUAUAUACCAUACAUAGCAAAUUUCAGAUGUAAGAACAUUUUAAACUGAAGGGGAGCAAAUUGCCCCCUUUAUCGGAAUUUCAACUGAUUGUGUUAAAAACUUUUCUUUGAAGUGAAUGUAAAUAAUAUAGAGACUCAAUAAAGUUAAAUGUCCCUUAAA